UUGGUUUACCAGCUGGUGUGUGGAUGUGCUGUCAACUUUGCCUGCUACAGCUCAGUUGUUUCCCUCUAUAUAAGUGUGUUUUAUUGUACAAUCAGCGUAGUAAAGUACACCACUUACACUGCUGAUUUCAACCAAACAGAUAGGAGUGUCUUUUAUUUUUUGUCUUGUUUUAAAAUAAAGCACAGCUUAAUGUUUUUAACACAUCUGUGGUACCAGCCAAGGAAAUAAACGAAAUAUCGUGUCUGAUGCUAGUACAAGAUGCUGGACCUGACAACAUUCAUCCUGGCUAGUUCCAUCUUUCUCCUGACCUACUUCUGGCUCAAACGUUCAAGACUCAACCUACCUCCCUACCCCACCCGCCCCUUACCUCUACUCGGACAUUUACUCACACUGGAGGAAAAUCCAAGGUCACAGUUCAAGAAAUGGCGCGAGGAAUUGGGGGAUAUUUUCAGCCUGUACAUGGGCAACAAGCUGGUGGUCGUAGUGUGCGGUUAUGAUCUCAUCAAGGAACUUUUGCUCAAACGUGGUGAGGAGUUCUCGGACCGUCCAGCGCUGGCGGUUGACCAGGCGACCCCAUUCCCUCAGAAAGGUGUCAUCUUCUCUAAUGGCCAGAACUGGAAAGAACAGCGAACAGUGGCGUUGAACAUUCUGCGAGAUUUCGGAAUGGGCAAAAAUAGAUUGGCCGAGAAAAUUGAGGAGGAAAUUGAUCAUUUUCUGGAUCUGUUGGCUGAACAAGAGGGCAAGCCGUCGGACAUUAAAAUAGUCACGAACAUCAGCAUCGCUAACGUCAUCUGCUCCAUCGUCUUAGGCAACAGGUUCAACUACCAGGAUGAAAAUUUUCAAGACAUGGUGACCAAACUGACGGCAAUUUUAACCGACAGCCAUUUCAACGGGGUGACCAACUUCAUCCCCUUCCUACACCUGCUGCCCGGGGAUCGGUUCCAUAUUAAGAAGAUAAAUCAAUACAUCAAAAGUCUUUGCGAGUUUCUAUUUUCUUUUGUCAAUAAGAAAGGGGUAGAAGAGUUAGAUGAGAACAACGUUGACAGUUUGAUUUCAGCUUACAUGUUAGAACUCAAGUCUAAGGAGAGCAAAGGUGUCCCUACACAUUUAAACAAAGAGAACCUCUCGAGAGUGGUGACUGAUUUGUUUUCUGCCGGCACGGAGACCACCAGCACAACAAUCCUCUGGUGUCUGCUGUUCGUCCUUAACCACCCGGAUGUGCAGAAGAAGAUUCACGGCGAGCUACAGCAACAGAUUGGAAACAACAGAAAGCCUUGUUUACAAGAUAAACCAAAGCUGGUUUACUUAAACGCUGUCAUUAAAGAAACUCAGAGGUUGGCGAGUAUUGUACCACAGGCUAUAACCCACACCUGUCCUCGUGACGUCACCGUCCGAGGCUACACCAUCCCUAAAGGAACUUACAUUUCACCCAACCUGGACUCUGUCUUACACGAUCCAAAGAUCUGGGGUGAUGACGUCAUGGAGUUUAAACCUGAAAGAUUUAUUGACCAAGACGGGAAGUUAAAAACUCCUGAAGAGUUCAUCCCCUUCUCGAUAGGUCGUCGUGUCUGUUUGGGCGAGUCCCUGGCUGUCAUGGAGUUGUUCCUGUACCUCUCAUCAAUCUUCCACAGAUUUGAGAUUCUGCCAGCAACUCCAGGCUCGCCCCCUCCAAUCAAAUACAAGUUCGGCCUGACCAUAGCACCGCUGCCCUAUGAGCUUAAAGCCGUUAAACGACGCUAAUGUCAAGGCAACAAAUCAAAAAGAAAGAGAAAUUCUUACAAUUAAAAUCAAAUAACUAAAAUCUCAAAGUUCUGUUACAUUAGAAAUGUGAAAAACUUUUUAUAGAUUGUCUUGUAAACUGGCUGGUUUAUUAUGGAAUAUCUAUAGAUAAAUUCAUAAAUUGAAAGCUUCGACUGACAUAGUUUUUGUUAAAAGACGUAAUGAUCAAAGCAAUGUUAUAAAAAUGUUUCAAGAAGUAUGAACAAAACAAGUAUCUAAAUUAUCUCCUACUCUAUAUAUCAUAUAGUAUUCAAGUAGA